UCGUGAGCAGAUCAAGUAGCAAAAGUAGUUCAUAGUUAUAAUCAAACAUGGAAUUAUAAUCCUCGGAUAAAAUUUUUAAUUUCCCUUCCGGUUUCGCUUACGCAAGUGCUUCCGCAUUUAAUAAAUUAAGCCUCGAUUACAAACGCUAUUUGUUUGGAUCCACCGUCGUUUAAUGAGAGUGUUCACCCAUGAAUCGUGAUCGUUCCAUCAGGCCGUAAGCCUUUCGUUAUUACCGUGCUAUCGAACUCGAAAAGUCGAUGACUCGUCGCUGAUUCUACCGGUUGAUUGAACAAACCGCUUAUUUUCAAUUCGAGUCACGACUACGACAAAUCUAGUCGUCUAACGUGUCUUUGCACCGGUCAUCUGCUACAACCGCGGCUCGAUGUCUGUGGGAACAAUUAGCGGGGGCCCUCGUUCCCCGUAACAGCUUCUAAUAGUUAUGUCUGCUGGUCAGAUCGACGUGAAACGAUCGAGUCAUGCCGGUUACUUCUGGAUCGUCCACGAUUUUCGGAAAUACGCAAUCUUGAGCGUCGAUAAAACCGCUCUAUGUUUAAGAGCCAGUGCUCAGUGCCAAAAAGAAGAAGCAAUGGGAUCGUACGAAGAACCACCGGCGAUUAGAGUAAUUAGAACAGUGAUAUCAUCGAGGAAGACAAUAACGGACGUUAGAAAGAUGACGAUGAACCCAGCCGGAGGUCCAGGGACCCCGGAAGAGUAUCAAUGGAAGAGGUGACGUUUCACCCAGUGAUGCGUAAACGACGUGGACUGGCCAGCGCCAUUCUCGGCCUGACAGUGGGCCUACUCCUAGGUUUUCUUAUCCAAAGCUACAAAAUACUCUCAUCGAACAACAAUCAGCGACUCAAUAUUUAUACGCCGUCCCCGAUGCUCGGAUCACGAGUGUUAGUCAAACCGUCAGCGCGCAAUGUUCCCAAAUUGAACGACGAUGAACAGAUAAACAGUUCCUCGACCAGUCUGGUCUUCGUAGGCGUUAUGACGGCUAGCAAGUAUCUAGACUCGCGGGCCAAGGCGGUGUAUGAAACUUGGGGCAGAGAACUACCGGGCAAGAUCGCCUUCUUCUCCUCCGAAAGCUCGAUCGUCCCGGAGAACUGUCCCGAUCUACCACUGGUGCCACUGCCGCGGGUCGAUGACACCUAUCCGCCUCAGAAGAAGUCGUUCAUGAUGCUGCAGUACAUGUGGAACAAUUACGGAGACCGUUUCGAGUGGUUCCUCAGGGCUGACGAUGACGUUUACGUGAGAACGGAUCGUUUAGAGAAAUUACUACGAUCCGUUGACUCCAGAAGAGCCAUGUACAUAGGACAAGCAGGCAGAGGGAACUCCGAGGAAUUCGGUCUGCUAUCCUUGGAGUAUGACGAGAACUUUUGUAUGGGUGGACCAGGCGUUAUUUUGUCUAGGGAGACGCUCAGGAGGAUCGUGCCGCACAUUAAGUAUUGCUUGAGACACUUGUACACCACGCAUGAAGACGUGGAAUUAGGGAGAUGCGUGCAGAAAUAUGCCGGGAUUCCUUGCACAUGGAGUUACGAGAUGCAGUCCAUUCUGUAUCAUAACAGUAGCGGCGCGCAGGCGUUCACCGGAAACUUGAAGAAAAAAGAAGUUCACCGUGCUAUUACUUUGCAUCCUGUUAAGAGCCCGCCGCACAUGUACAGGUUGCACAAUUACAUGCGGGGACUUCGGAUUCAGGAGCUGCAACAGGAGAGGCUUAAUCUUCACAGAGAUAUUUACACGAUGGCGAAGCAGUUGGGAAUAGCCGUGGAGAACCUAAAGAAUUUCAAAAUAGCCGACGGCGUCCCUUUGUUUCCCAUCAGUUCAAUCUCGAAGGAGUAUCCUGGCGACACGGAAAUAUUAGGUGUUCCGGCGGGACUUCGCUCGUUUGAGCCCACAACCGGUGACGAGGUGAUUCCCUGGGACUUUUUAUCAAGAUCCGAAUACAGCCUGAGUGAUUCUAAUCCCAGGAGAAGAAUUCACAGUGACAUAAAAGAAGGUUUGGAAGACAUUACGAGAGAAGUAAUGGCGUCUAUAAAUGCCUGCUCGCGGCAGCGUGGUCGUAUCGUCGAGGAAAGGUCAACCCUGUACGGUUACCGCCGAGUGGAUUCCUAUGGUGCGGACACGAUACUAGAUCUUCUUUUGGUCUACCGGAAAUACAGGGGUAGAAAGGUUACGCUACCCGUCAGGAGACACGUAUAUCUCCAUCAACAUUUCACAGGACUGGAAAUACGAGAAACCGUGGAUGGAGAAGAAAUCGACGAGACUCUGAGAAAUCAACGGAACAAUAAAUCCUUGCAAAAUAUAUUCCGCGGUGGUCUUCUGAACUUGAGUUUCAACUCCGAAGAGAAAGAUCCUGUUAAGAGCAAGACCAUCCAUUUCAUUCUUCCUUUGUCCGGAAAGUACGAAGUUUUCCAAAGGUUCUUACAAAACUACGAAGAGAUAUGCUUAGCGGGCGGAGAAAAGACUUCGCUCUUGGUCGUUCUCUAUCCUCAUAGAACGGAACAGAACUCGUUUAAUCGAACGAUAGAUCUGAUAGAACAAUUGAAGUAUAAAUAUCGCAGCGCUGACAUCAAUGUUAUUCCUAUUUCCGGGACGUUUUCAAGAGCCAAGGCUCUCGAUUUUGGUGUGUCGACGUUGAACGAUGGCGAUUUAAUGUUCUUCGUCGACGUUGACAUCGUAUUUCUCGAGUCUGCUCUCUACAGAAUUCGCGCUAAUACUCUUCUAGGCAGGCAAAUAUAUUUCCCAGUGGUGUUCAGUCAAUACGAUCCGAAGCUCGUACAGAAUGCCGUCGGAGAACAGGAUGCGUUCAUCAUAAACGAAAAAACUGGAUACUGGAGGCAAUUCGGGUUCGGUAUCGUCUCUCUGUACAAGCAGGAUUACAAAAGCGUGGGCGGUUUCGAUUUGCUUAUUCAAGGAUGGGGCAAGGAAGACGUGGAUUUCUACGAGAAGGUGAUCAAGUCCAACGUAAGGAUCUUCAGAGCGGCCGACAAGAAUUUGAUUCACGUUUAUCACGACGUCGAGUGCAGCAGGGAUCUCUCGAGGACGCAGUGGUCUAUGUGCAUGGGGACGAAGGCUGACACUUAUGCGAGCAUAGAGACACUGUCUAAUAUGAUUUACGAGAAUCCCGCGAUAUUGGAGUUUGCCAAAGCUAGGAGAGCGAACUUGACGAGCGCAGCUGGUUGAACUCGUGUCAAACUAUUAAAAAUGAUUACCGUGUCCUAAUUGUUAAGAUAUAAAUUACGAUUGAAAUUAAGUGAUGCCAGAAUGUUUUGUAAUUACAAUAUUUUGUAAAUAGUACGUGGCGUAAUUGUGAUUUUUCCUAUGCGAAAGUCUGAACCGGAUGAUAUUUAAAUGUCGAUCGUGAAUUCACCAAAGUUUUUGCUCCAAUAGGAUUAAUACGAUGUUCACGUUUACGUUCCAAGUUAACUAGCAUCGGUGAAACAGAAUGCAAACGAAAGAUUUAAUUUAAUGAAGAGAAUAUUCAAUACAUGACUGUAUACAUAAAGAAAUAUAUUAAAUUUUUAUGAUAAAUAGAAAAAUUGCCAUUGUUGUACGAAGUUAAACGAUCGCGUUGACACUUUGUACAUUAAGUAGACAAACAUUAAUAAGACAAACUUUGGCAUUAUUUAUAUUAUAAAUGUGAUGUAUUGCUUUUGAUUAAUGUUAAUGUAUAUCUAUUUUUUUUAUAAAUCGAUACUGUAAUUUAGAAGUAUAUUUGUUUCCCUCGUAACGUGACUGCGAGCCUACAUAAAAGUAACCUGACGGAAAGAGGGACUUCGUAAGUAACUUAAGACGCUUUAAAACAUAAAUACUCCUAAGAACAUAGCUUACAGUUGAUUGAAUUCUAUAAGUAAAUGUGAUAUUAUCGUGCCUUGUCUAUAGAUCCCCAUUUGUGUAUUUGUGUACUGCCUAUUUAAUUGUACCUACGUCACGAUCAAUCAUAACUGUCUAGGAAUACAAGUUCUGCAUUACUUGCAUAAUUGUUUAUGCAGUUCGCUACAGAAUGCUUCGCCAACACUUCAUCGAAUUCCAAAUAAAAUUCUCUAUUAAAUAAUUA